AUGAUGCGGAAUAGAUCCCCACCCUCCCCCCCAGGGGAAUCCCCAGAUCUGAUCCUGGUCCCAGCCACAGCCUCAGAGCGCAUUGCCUCAAUCAAGUUGAACAGCGUCGCCUGGAAAGGGCCCCUAGAUGUGGAAACAUAUAUAGAGCGCGAGAACCAUCUUCUCCAACAACGGCUGACACGCGAUGGCCUAACCUGCUGGAUCCUAGUGGACCGCAACGAGCCCGAGGACAAGCGCACAAUCCUCAGCUCAUGCGAGUCGUAUAGAAAGACAGCGCUGCUCGCGCACAACGGGCAGGUGGAGAAAGUUUCUACGUACGGCGUGGGCAGUGUCUACUGCCGGCCUGCUUUCCGCGGGAAAGGGUACGCAAAGCGGAUGCUGGAAGAGCUGAGCAUUAAACUCGAGACGUGGGAAAUGGAGAAAGAGCCACGGCGGAAGUCGCUGUUUACGGUGCUUUUCUCAGAUAUCGGGAAGAAGUUCUAUGCUCAAUUUGGGUGGCGGCCGUUCUCGUCUUCCCAUAUGUCUUUACCGGCUGCUACGGGUGCGCUGGAGAACGCUGUUACGAGGGAUCUAUUUGCUGAGGAUGUUCACAAGUGUUUGUGCAGUGAGACUGUACUUGCCAAGCUGCGCGAGCAGAUGCGUCUGGCGUCGCAGAAGGCAAGCGUCAAGGGCGCUGGUGAUGACCAGGCUCGCGUGUACUGCGCUUGGAACCGGAACUUCGGCGAAACACCCGAGGAUAAUGUCCUCUAUAUUCUUCGGUGGGUGUACGAUGACCCCGCGUCUCCGGCGGAGGAGCAGGCCACUGUCCAGGCUAUGGCUGCUAUCCUCCGACGAGCACAACAAGAGGCGCACGAAUGGAACAUGAGCAAGGUUGAAUUCUGGAACCCUACUCCUCUUUUGCAGAAGGCCGUGGCUUUGGUGGACCCGAAGGCUGAGCUCGUGCACCGCGAAAAGGAGAGCAUCGCCAGUUUACGGUGGACUGGCGAGGAGCAAGGAUUGGGCAAGGAUGUGGAGUGGUGGUUGAACGAGAAGUACACUUGGUGCUAA